AUGGCCCCCUUCCGAGUCUUGAUCGCCGGAGGCAGCAUCACCGGGCUCUCAUUGGCGCUGAUGCUAGAGAAAAAUAAUAUCGAUUUUCUGGUACUCGAAGCAUACCCGGACAUUGCACCUCAGGUUGGAGCAUCCUUGGGUUUACAGCCUAAUGGACUGCGAAUUCUUGACCAGUUGGGCUGUUGUGACGAGCUUUUGGAACAUGCCAAGGGCCACACAGUGCAAGACAGUAUUUACCGAAUGCCAAAUGGCGACAGCAUGUGGCAGACCAGCAAGCUAAGCGACCGGAUGAUAGAACGACACGGGUAUCCGGUAGCAUUUAUGGACCGUCAAAAGGUUCUUCAAACACUAUACAGCAAAGUUCAGGAUAAAAGCAAGAUUCUCACAGAAAAGAAAGUAAGGGCCAUAGACAGCUCUGAUCUGACUGGUGUGAAAGUCAUUACGACAGAUGGAUCAGUGUAUAGUGGUGAUAUUGUCGUCGGUGCCGACGGUAUUCAUUCAACUGUUCGCCAGGAGAUGGCACGUCUCAAUGUAGAUACGGGUCGAGAUUACUUGGAAGAAAAAUCAUUCUCGGCCACCUACUCCUGUGUCUUCGGGAUUUCACACCGAACUCCUGGCAUCGAGCCUUGCACCCUUCAGGACGUAUUUAACGACAAAUUCUCUUACCUGAUUGCUGACGGGCCUGGUGACCGUACUUAUUUCUUCCUGUUUGAACACAUGGAUAGGGUGCGAUUUGGUCGGGAGAUUCCUCGGCUCACAGAGGCAAACAGAGACGAAAUCGUCGGCAGACACCUGGAUGAUCCGAUCACGCCAGAAGUCAGAUUUGGGGACAUUUACGCACGUAGAAUUAGAUCUGGUAUCACUCCCCUACAGGAGUAUGUAUACAAACAUUGGCAUUUUGGAAGAAUGAUCGCGCUCGGGGACGCAAGCCAUAAGUUUCAUCCACUAACCGGGCAAGGCGCGAACUGCUGCCUUGAAACGGCAGCAUGCUUCACCAAUGGCCUUGUCAAGCUGCUACUCUCUACACCCCCUGAGGCGCGUGUUUCAGAUAGAGACAUUUCCAUCAUGUUCGAAACAGUUCAGCAGACACGUCGGCCGAGGGUUAGCUGGCUCAUCGAGGCAGCUCACAGGCGGCAAAAGCUUGAGGCUAUGGACACACCCGAACUUAAGUCGUAUGUUGCUACGAAGAUACCAAGUCUGCCAAUCAAGGUUAUCUACAACGAAUGGUUAAAGACCUUUCCACCUGCGGUGUCGCUGCAUAUGCUCCCGCCAUCCAGAAGACCACAUGAAGUACUGUAUCAUGAUGAACUUGGGGCCCAGGAUCCCAAGGAGUCUCGCGACGGAUCGAAGUUAUAG